AUGGGCCCCAAAAGAAUACUCGUCGGGUACGGAGUGGACGUUGAUGCCGUAGCGAACUGGAUCAACACCUGCGAUGGUUCUCCACAAACGCCAACGAAUGUCUCGCGCGGAAUUUACGGCGCUACAGUCGGAGUUGACCGUCUUUUGAAGCUGUUUGACCGAUACAACAUCAAGGCUUCCUGGUUCGUCCCCGGACACAGUAUCGAGUCGUUUCCAGAGCAGCUGGCCAAGGUCCGAGACGGUGGACACGAGAUUGGCCUUCACGGAUACACCCACGAGUCGCUGUCUGAGCUUACAGCCGAGCAACAGCGUGAUGUCCUUGUGCGUUCAAUCGACUGCCUGACGAAGUUCUGCGGAAAGCCACCAGUCGGCCACACAGCUCCUUUAUGGACCACAUCGAAAGAGCUCAUUGGAUAUUUGCAAGAGAUGGGUAUCAAAUACGACCAUUCCUUCAUGCAUCAUGAUCUUCAGCCAUACUUUGCGCCAGACAACUCCGAGAGCUGGGUCGAGACAAAUUUGAAGAAGUCGGCCAAGGCGUGGAUGUAUCCAAUGAGCAAGGUCAAGCCAUCCAAAGUUGUGGAGAUUCCAGCGAAUUGGCAUUUGGAUGAUUGGCCUCCGAUGCAGCCGAUUCCGGAUAAGGCCUGGGCCCAAGGCUAUGUUGAUACACACGUUGUCGAGAGGUUGUGGAGAGAGCAAUUCGACUUCGCGUAUCGCGAGUACGACACCUUCAUCUUCCCGAUGAGCAUACAUCCGCAAGUCAGUGGCAAGCCUCAGGUAAUUCUGAUGCAUGAACGCCUGAUUGACUACAUCAACCGGCACGAAGGCGUGGAGUGGAUGACAAUGAGUCAAAUGGCAGAUGAGUUCUUGACCGGCCGGAUGCCGGGCGUAAAGAUUGAAGGCGGCGUAGAUUUUCAAAUGGAUCCAAGCAGCAAACUCUAG